AUGGACGGGACCACCGCGUAUCUCAUUUGUGCCACGUCUUUCCUGGCGGCCCUGCAGGGCAUCACCCUGACAGCCGGGGACUACGCUUCCAUGGUUCUUAUGGCCACCCUCUGCUCCAUGGGUUCAGCCCCUGUACCCAGCGGCAGCCUGGUGCUUCUCACGACCUUGCUCACAUCCCUGAAUAUUCCCGUCACAGAGACGUUUGGCUUGAUAACAGCCGUGGAUUGGCUUCUGGAUCGAGUGAGGCAGGGGCCGAACCGGAAAACAUAA